AUGGCCUCCAAGAGUUCGGCACUAGCUACUGUCGACGCACUGCUGUCACAACUCGAGAGCGAACUGGGUCAAACCUUGGUGCUCAACAACGAAAGUGCACAAGGAAAGGCUGUCCCGGCCGCCGGUCCCAUUUCGCCACCAUCCUCCUAUGAUAAUAAACGACGGUCGCUGUUGAGCCGCGGCAACGUCCGCCUAGAGCGACAGCCGUCCAACCACAGCAGCGUCGUCAGCUUCCAGUCGAGUGCUUCAGCGGACACUCGAUCGCAAAGUACCCAACAGACCAUGGCUCACACCGUCGCUGGAGACGAAGACGGCUACGACGAGGAAGAGGAUUUGCAGGAACCGGAAGAUGUAAUCAACCCCGGCACACAAAUCAUCCACUCUGGAUCGCUUCGGAAGUCAACACCGUCGAACAAUCCGAUGGCAGGCCGGCAAUGGCGCCCAAGGUUCUUCGUCCUGUCCGAUACAUUCAUCUAUCUAUUCCGCUCGUCGGCAUCCACGGAAGUCGCCAUGUCCGCCCUUCCAAUCACCCCCGCCACCACCGCCUUUGUGUCUGCUGAAGGAAUGUGGGUCCUCGAGGUUCAUAGCCCGUGCAUGAACGAUAACGAAGUCGUCACCCGCCAAUGGCGCCUGCAAUGCGCACAUCGCGAUGAGAUGGUCGAGUGGCUCGCCGUCCUCCGCUCAGCGGUAGACCGCGCAAAGCUUCGAUCGGUUUCGUCCGGUUCGAAAACCCAUAUGCGGUAUCCACCUUCCAAUAGUGGCAAAGGACAGUCGCUGGAAGCUUUGAUGGACGGAUCUGCAUUCAAGCUGAGCCGUUCUGAUUCUGGAAAGGGCCUACCACCCUCGGUAUCAUCCCCGCCUGCAUCCACCCAUCUCUCGCCUCUGAGCUACAAGCCCACGGAUCUGAUGAGCUCCAUUGCACUGUUGGAAGAUCUGGAGCGAUCCCACUCUACGGCAUCAUCAGCGGCACAAGUACCUUCUCUUCCCUCGCCAUCCCCAACACUCUCCGCACAAUUUCAACGACAUUAUCCCAUCGCACCUGUUCGGCACAGCGCGGACGCCGUGCAUUCUCCUUCGCCGUACAGUGUGUCCGAACACUAUCAACGCGCAUACCGUAGUGAAGAUUACAGUCUUCAAACUAAUCAAGCUCAACAGCAGCAAUACCAGCUACAGCACCAACAGGAGCUGCUUGCCAAGCAAGCGGCCUGGGAACUGCAAAGACAACAGCAUGAGCAGCAGUACCAGCAACAACAGGGUUUCGCAUCAGCCCUGGAAGCACCUGUAUCCUUCCUGGCACCGCCACAAGUGAGAGCCGAAUCCCGGGCACCAAGCCCCUUCCACAGCAGUGGCGAGACUGACCUUUCAAAGGGCCUUUCUAAGGCCGACGCGAAGGCGGCCAAGAAGGCGGCCAAGGAAGCCGCUGCUCAAGCGGAGAAGGAACGAAAAGCCUUGGAGAAAAAAGCAGCCGACGAAAAGAAAGCCGCGGAAAAGGAAGCUGCCCAGAAGCGCCGUGCCGCCGAUCAGAAAAUGUACACCUCGCUGGCCGGCGUGCCGGGAAGUUCCUGGGGCAUAGCCAUGUACUGA